AUGGGUAAUGAAUUGUUUAAGAAGACAGUUGAGGGAGUCUUGCUUAAAUACGUAGGAGAGAGUGGAGCAUAUGUGUCUGUGUCGAGUGUACAUAGUGGAUCAUGUGGUGCACAUCAAGCUGGGCACAAAAUGAGAUGGUUAUUAAUGUGUUCAGGGGUUUAUUGUCCCUCAAUGUUGAAAGAUUGCAUUGAGUUUGCCAGAGGUUAUCAGGAGUGUCAAUUGCAUGGGGGCAUACAGCAUAUGCCUACGAGUGAGUUACAUGCGAUUGUAAAACCAUGGGCGUUUAGAGGAUGGGCGUUAGAUGUAAUUGGAGAAAUAAGACCAGCUUCGUCAAAACAACAAAAGUUUAGGGUUCCAGAAACAAUUACUACUAAUCAAGGGACAGUUUUCACUGUUCAAAAGAUACAGGAGUUUGCAAAGGAAGUUGGAAUCAAGUUGUUGACAUCUACACCUUAUUAUGCGCAGGCAAAUGGCCAAGUGGAGGCAGCUAAGAAGGUAAUUAUAAGCCACAUAAAGAAACAUGUAGGCAAGAAGACAAAAAAUUGGCAUAAGACGUUUGAUCAAGCUUUAUGGGCGUGUCGAACGUCACCCAAAGAAGCAACUGGAACAACCCCAUCUCGACUAACCUAUGGUCAUGAUGCAGUGCUGCCAGUAAAAAUUCAAGUUCACGCAGUCAUAAUUCAAAGGCAACGUGAGAUACCAUCUGAAGAUCAUUGGAUCAUGAUGGCAGAUGAAUUAGUCAAUUUAGAUGAAGAAAGGAUGGUGGCUUUACAUUUGCUACAAAGGCAGAAGGAAAGAGUUUCUAGAACUUACAACAAAAAGGUGAAAGAUAAGAUAUUUGUUGUCGACGACCUAGUUUGGAAAGUUAUCUUGCCAAUGGACAGAAAUGACAGGGUAUUUGGAAAAUGGUCCCCAAAUUGGGAAGGACCUUUUAAAAUAAUAUGGGUGUUUUCUAAUAACCCCUACAAAGUCGAAGAGUUAGCACCAGAUAAAUAA